AUCCAAGUUGCUUAACUUCAACCUUCUAUUUUCAUUUUUUUUUUUUUUGAAUAAACCGGAGGUAUCCGACCACUUUGUUCUGGAAAUAAAGCCUAGCUGCUCAUUAAAACCGAGGGUAUAUUAGACUACUCUUAUUGGAGAAAGGGUGAGAAUAAUCGGCCCUUGAAUGCUUAACUUGCUAGUUGAGCUACCCCAGGGGUUUAGGUUCAAAAUCCCAAUAUACUAAAUUCUUUUCAUCUUUAGAACUGAUUAUUAUUAUUAUUAUUAUUUUAUUUUUUAUUUUUUUGUCUUUGACGAUAUUCCCCCGUGCCUUUGUCUAAUUCUAGUGUCGCUUUGCAACGUGGUGAUCUUAAACAAAAAAUUGAAAUGAUGUGUCAGAAAAGAAUUCUGGACAUCUUAGUUUUCUCAUUUGGUUGGUCUUUUUAUGCUGAUUGCUGAGCAAUUAGAAUAAGAUAUAUUCUAGUUUUAGGUGUAAAUUUUCAAUGGUAUAUUUUGAAUAUUAUUUGCAAUGAAGAUACCAUAGUUUUGCUUUAUCUGGUGGAGUAUCCCAACGCAAAUCUUUCUUUUCCCUAUGGCUUUUGUUCUUUUAUACAGUGCUAAGGAUUUUGUGCGUAUGUUACUGAUAAAUCAUCUUGUGCACAUGGCACUUGAUAUGGGUAUGUAUAUUUAUGCUUAUUUUCAUGUUGGUGUGUUUCUGUGCUUUUUAGAUGAAUACUACCUCUUAUGCUUUUUUGAGGUAAGCAGCUUUGAGUUUAUCAAUAGCAACCCUUAUCACUCUGCAUGUUGCAACCAAAAAUUUACAGGAGGUUGAUUUUUCGCAUGCAGUAAUUGUUUCUUUUAAGCUUAAUGUAUGAUUUUGUGCAAGAAGUGCAUUAUCUAACUUAAUGCUCUUUUCCUUUCUGAUUAAUUUGUGGCUUAGGACACUCCCCUGAAUGGGAACUGAUGGUUGUGAAGUAGUACAGACAUUACCAAAUCCCCUCUCCUUUAAGAACUGAAGAAAUUAGUUGAUAGAGUCUUAAGGAUAUUUCCACGUAUAGAGGAAGCACGCCCUCGAUCCUCAUCAGGAAUACAGUCUCUGUGUUUGCUAAACAGUGCAAUUGAUACAGCCAAACAACUUCUGCAACAUUGCUCCGAAUCUAGUAAACUAUACCUGGCAAUGACAGGGGACUCGGUACUCUCAAAAUGCAAAAAGGCAAAAAAAUCAUUAGAGAAAAGCUUAGUCCAGAUUCAGGGUAUGGUUCCAGUUAUGUUGGCUGCAGAGAUUUCUGGAAUAAUUGAUGAUCUUGGGUGUGUGACAUUUGUCCUGGAUUCUGCUGAAGAAGAAGCUGGGAGGGUUGUGAGAGAAUUGCUCCAGCAAAGUCCUGCAACCUCAGAUAAAGAUUCAAUGGAAAAUUCUGAAAUUGAAUCUCUUCAGUUUGCAGCGGCAAGACUUAAUAUUACAUCCCCAACGACCAUCUUAGUAGAGAAAAGAUCUAUAAAGAAGUUGUUAGAAAAUGUGGGACCAAAUGACCAGAGAAAAAAGAUGAUCUUGAAAUAUCUUUUGUAUCUUCUUAUAAAGUAUGGAAACUUAAUCAAGGGGGAACAAAUGGAGAAGGUCUAUUCUCAUAUUGAAGGACCAAUUGCAACUGAGAACUCUGGUCAUGAUUCUCAAUGCAUCCAUCAUGUUAAGUCUGAUCCAUACUUGAACUAUGAUCAGUGUAGAACUCACACCAGCGAGUUGGGUAGAGUUACACCCCCAGAGGAAUAUACAUGUCCAAUAUCUUCAAGGUUGAUGUUUGACCCCGUUGUCAUUGCAUCAGGAGAAACAUUUGAAAGGAUGUGGAUACAAAAGUGGUUUGAUGAGGGUAAUGCUAUUUGCCCAAAAACUAAAAAGAAACUGGCCCAUAUGGCAUUGACUCCUAACACUGCCAUAAAGGACUUAAUAUUAAAGUGGUGCAAAAGUAAUGGAGUCUCCAUUCCUGACCCAAGUAGGGAAGAUGAAGAUUUUCACUCAUGGGAAGCUUCCUCCACUUCCAUUAGGAGUUUUGGAAGUUCUAUGAAUGAUUUGAACUUUCCAAUGGAUCUUAGUAACAUGUCACUUGGAUCGUUUGAUACUAGUCAUAGUUCAGAUUCCUCACAUGCUCAAGCCAAUCAUGGCUUGAAUUUGAUGUUGAUCAAGACUAGUGACAAUUCUCACAGGCAUCAAUCUCAUGCAGAUAUACAUGACACAGACCUGAUGCAUUUGUCCAAACUCCAUGAUCGUCAAUGGGAUUCCCAAUGUCAAGUCAUUGAAGUUAUGAAAGAAGAUUUCGAAUGCAAUUACCAAGCUUUUUGCUCUGUGUCAUCUGAGAAUUUCGUUGACCCACUCAUAAGAUUCCUGAGCACUGCGUAUGAUAUUCAUGAUGUGAAAGCUCUUAGAGCUGGAACUCAGUUGCUGUUGGAAUUUAUGAAAAACUGCAGAAAUGAUCUGACUAAUUUAAGUGAAGAUACAUUCAGAAUGCUGGCAACUCUUCUUGAUUCAGAAGUGAUUGAAGAAGCUCUUGUCAUAAUGGAAGAACUGUCUGGGAAUUGUUAUGAUAAAGCUACCAUUGCAGCUUCACAUGCACUCCCUUCUGUUUCAAAGAUCCUUGAUUCUGGUAACAAAGAGUUCCAACGAAAGGCUUUUAGAAUAAUGUGCAAUUUGUCAUCCAAUGGUGAAAUUAGUCCCUACAUGGUAUCUCUCGGGUGCAUCCCAAAAUUGCUGCCAUUUUUUGAAGACAUGACCCUUUUGAGAGACUGUGUAAGUAUAUUGAAAAACCUUUGUGAUACUGAAGAGGGUAGGGUUGCUUUUGUUGAAACUAAAGGAUGCAUAUCUUAUGUUGCUGAAAUACUUGGGAGUGGCAGUGAUGAGGAAAAAGAACUUUCACUGGCUAUUCUACUCUCUUUAUGUUCUCAACGUGUGGAGUACUGUGAGUUGGUUAUGUAUGAGGGGAUUAUCCCUUCUCUUGUUAAUAUCUCAAAUAAAGGAAAUGAUAAUGCAAAGGCAUUUGCAUUGGAACUGCUUCGUCUUUUGAGGGAUGUUGACUACGUUGAGAAUGAAGAUUGCAUUGAGCCAAAUCUCAACACCUCUCGUGAUUCUAACAAUCAAGAAAAGAAGCCAUCAAAGAAAUCCAUGUUUUUGAAGAAACUAUCACUGUUCUCAAAGUCCAGUUCACUUUCAUCAAAAAACAAGAGGUGAAACUGAUAAGGGACAGGUUGGAUUUUUAGAUAGUCUUAAUAUUAUGUGGUUGGAUAUGGAUUAUGCCUUUCUUGCACUUAAUACUAAAGCUCAUCUUGGAGUAUUUCUUUGCUUUAAAUAUUCUUUCAAAAUGCGUUUUGUUGCAAAAUUUUGUACAGUAACUGCAGGCUGUGUGAUGUAUAGAUCUUUUAUAUGAUUGAUCAUGUAAUCUAGUUGUAGAAACAGCCUCUUAGCUUAGGUAGGCAAGGCUGUGAGUUGCUUUUCUUAUUGUUAUUGUAUAUGUCAAACACUAAUAUACUUUG